AUUCUGAUGUUGGUUCCUGGAAAGCCUCCAUUGUUGGAGGACGAGAAGCCGUAUCCAAUUGAAGCAGCACAGGCUUUUGCGAUGACUGUGGAAACCACUGCUUAUGCCUUGCUUCAAGCAUUGUCAAGGAAUGAUAUUGACUAUGCAACACCGAUUGCGAGGUGGCUAACGAUGCAACAGAACUAUGGUGGUGGAUUUCACUCGACGCAGACAACAUCAGGUGAAGAUGUGCGUGAUUUCAGCAAGGUGCUGAAAAAUAAGUUCAGAUCAAAGAAACACUUUGCCAAACAUCCUCGCUUGAGUUAUUUACUAGUACAAACAGUUCUAGAAGGCGAGAACCUUGAGAGUACCACGCUGAGUAUUGUUAUCCCGAUAGUUCUUUCGUAUCAGUCCGUGUGUAUUCCUGGGCGAAUGUGCUCGUGUGGUCUCAGGAGUUGCGGAGGUCACAGCUCUGGGACAGCCGUUUCAUCGCCCUAUGCUGCAGAACCUGCCCCGGAAGAGAGAGCCCAGAGAAUUGCCAAAGCUGUCCGCAAACAGUCAAUAGAAGUGAAGGAAAAUUGGGAACAACUGAAAAUCCGUGCGAGCAACUGGCAGAAACAGGUGGAAAAGGCGUUGGAGAAACUUCAAGAACUGCACAAAGUUCUGGAUGAUCUUGAGGCUCAUGUGAUAACAGCUGAGGGGGUCCACACUGGCAACCUCAAAAUUGGUCAUCCAGCAAGAAAUGGAUAUUUCUCACAUUUGUUGGCUGGUGAGGACGAUCUGCAAAAUCUGAGAUUGGGUUUUGAAAGACUGCAGCCUUUGUUUUGGAGAGAUAAUGGGAACUGCAGAUGCUGGAGAAUGCGAGAUAACAACGUGUGGAGCUGGAUGAAGACAGCAGGCCAAGCAGCAUCUUAGGAGCACAAAAGCUGACGUUUCGGGCCGAGAACCUUCUUCAGAAAAUGGGGAGGGGGUGCGGGUUCUGAAAUAAAUAGGAGAGAGGGAGAGGCGGAUGGAAGAUGGAUGGAGGAGAAGAUCGGUGGAGAGGAGAGUAUGGGUACGGAGGCAGGGAGGGGAUAGGUCAGUCUGGGGAGGCCGGACAGGUCAAGGGAGCGGGAUGAGGGGAAAUAGGGGUGCGGCAUGAGGUGGGAGGGGGGAUGGGUGAGAGGAAGAAUAGGUUAGGGAGGCGGGGACGAGCUGGGCUGGUUUUGGGAUGCAGUGGCAGGACAGGAGAUUUGGAAGCUUGUGAAAUCCACACUGAUACCAUUGGGCUGCAGGGUUCCCAAGCAGAAUAUGAGUUGCUGUUCCUGCAACCUUCGGGUGGCGUCAUUAUGGCACUGCAGGAGGCCCAGGUUGGACAUGUCCUCUCGGGAAUGGGAGGGGGAGUUGAAAUGGUUCGUGACUGGGAAGUGCAGUUGUUUACUGCAAACUGAGCGUAGGUGUUCUGAAAAGCGGUCCCCAAGCCUCUGCAUCGUUUCCCCAAUGUAGAGGAAGCCACAACGGGGACAGCGGAUGUUUUGGAUAUUUCUUAAGCAUUGAUUUUCAUUCAGAGUUGGUUGGAUUUUGCUGAAGCAAGAGACAUAACUCACUAUGACGUAGACAAUGUCAGAGUUAAUGUUUCGCGUCCUGUGACCCUUCCUCAGAUCUCACUCUUGACUGAUGCUGCCAGACCUGCUGAGCUUUUCCAGCAACUUCUGCUUUUGUUGCUGAUUUACAGUGCCCACAGUUCUUUUGUUUUUUACGACACAGACAAAACUUGAUCUCUGCAGGAAGCAUGAUGCUGCAUUCUCCAAAUUCCCUGCCUUUUUGUAAUAUAAUAUUGUCUUUUUAGGACAGAAGUGGCUUUUUUUUGUUUGUUUUAACUUCCGCACAUACUUUCUAUGCAGGUUAAAAGUCUACACCUUUUCAGUUCUCUGCUGCAUAAUGAAGACUUGGAACAAUUUUUUUUAUAAAGUCGAAAAUCAGUGUGGUUUGUUUUCCAAAAUGUGAUGUGUAAGUGCAACACUUGACAGUGUGUUCAUCAAACUAUUGUUUCCUUUGAUCUUUGUGUUGCAGAAAUUUCUAGAAUCAUUUCAUAUAUAUUUUUGUUGAGAUAUUUUAGCAGCUUUCCUGGAGCAAGUCUGUUUUCCUUCGGAUGAGACAAGUUUCAGACAUACUCCCUUUAUUAUGAGAUUUAAUUGCGGUGAAAUGAGGAUUUUUAUUCACUGAGACACACAUGACUCUAUGUUUAAAGCAUUGGAAAAUGCGUUCUGUUCGGACUGUCAUGUUAUCUGGUGUUUGGACCAGGCUUUCCGUUUAAAUGCAAGUGAUUAAGGAUGCUCAUGAUGCCACAUGUUAUUACAAGAGGAAAUGAACAUCCAAGUAAGGAUUUUAUGCCACAUUUAUACAUUGCAUGGACCAUGCAGCAUGGAUGCAGUGACUGAGUGAAAUGGCGUGCAGUGACUGAGUGAAAUGGCAUGCAGUGGCUGUAGGAAAUGGGAUGCAGUGACGGAGUGAAAUGGGAUGCAGUGACGGAGUGAAAUGGGAUGCAGUGACGGAGUGAAAUGGGAUGCAGUGACGGAGUGAAAUGGGAUGCAGUGACGGAGGGAAAUGGGAUGCAGUGACGGAGGGAACUGGGAUGCAGUGACGGAGGGAACUGGGAUGCAGUGACGGAGGGAACUGGGAUGCAGUGACGGAGGGAACAGGGAUGCAGUGACGGAGGGAACAGGGAUGCAGUGACGGAGGGAACAGGGAUGCAGUGACGGAGGGAACAGGGAUGCAGUGACGGAGGGAACAGGGAUGCAGUGACGGAGGGAACAGGGAUGCAGUGACUCAGUGAAAUGCUCACAGCGAAUUGCCCCCUCACUCCUGACCCGCUCACAGCGACUUCUCUCUGCAGUCCUGACCCGCUCACAGCGACUUCUCUCUGCAGUCCUGACCCGCUCACAGCGACUCGCCCCUUCAGUCCUGUCACAAUCACAGGGACUCGCCCUCUCCGUCCUAACCCGCUCACAGCAACUUGCUGCCUCAGUCUUGACCCGCUCACAGCAACCUACCCCUCCGUGCUGACCCGCUCACAGUGACUUGCCCCUGCAGUCCUGACCCCCCUCACAGUGACCUGCCCCCUCACUCCUGACCCGCUCUGCAUUGAGGAAACCAAGCAGGGGCUUGGGGACCGUUUUGCAGAACACCUCCGCUCGGUUCGCAACAAACAACUGCACCUCCCAGUUGCGAACCAUUUUAACUCCCCCUCCCAUUCCUUAGACGACAUGUCCAUCAUGGGCCUCCUGCAGUGCCACAAUAAUGCCACCUGAAGGUUGCAAGGACAGCAACUCCUCAUCCGCUUGGGAACCCUGCAACCCAAUGGUACCAGUGUGGACUUCACAAGCUUCAAAAUCUCCCCCUCCCCAACUGCAUCCCAAAACCAGCCCAGCCUGUCUCCGCCUCCCUAACCUGUUGUUCCUCUCACCCAUCCCUUCCUCCCACCUCAAGCCACACCUCCAUUUCCUACCUACCACCUCAUCCUGCCUCCUUGACCUGGACUGACCUAUCACCUCCCUCCCUCCUCACCUGUACUCUCCUCUCUACCUAUCUUGUUUUCUCUCCAUCUUCGGUCCACAUCUACCCCCCCCCCCCUCCCUAUUUAUUCCAGUUCCCUCUCCCAUCCCCCUCUCUGAUGAAGGGUCGAGGCCUGAAAUGUCAGCUUUUGUGCUCCUAUGAUGCUGCUUGGCCUGCUGUGUUCAUCCAGCUCCACGCUUUGUUAUCUUGGAUUCUCCAGCAUCUGCAGUUCCCAUUAUCAGUGGCCUUUUCCUCUUUGUCAAAGUUUGUGCAAAAGCAACACGAUAUGGGGCGGCACGGUGGCUCAGUGGUUAGCACUGCAGCUUCACAGCACUGGGGACCCAGGUUCAAUUCCAGCCUCAGGCAACUGUCUGUGUGGAAUUUGCACCUUGUCCCUGUGUCUGCGUGGGUUUCCUCCAGGUGCUCCGGUCUCCUCCCACAGUCCAAAGAGGUGCACGCUAGGUGGAUUGGCCAUGCUAAAUUGCCCAUAGUGUUCAGGGGCGUGGGUCUGGGUGGGAUGCUCCAACUUUUGGUGUGCACUUGUUGGGCCAAAGGGCCUGUUUCCACACUGGAGGGAAUCUAAACAAUCCUGUUCCCACAUCUCCAUGUUAUAACCCUGCUGAUCACUGCACACAGAGAUGUUUGAUAACAAAAGGAUAACAAUAAUAUUCAAACCCAGUGCUGGAGAUGUAUUUUAAAUACACUGAGGCCAGUGUCGAUCUCCAAUUCAACUUUUAUUUACAAAUGAACUGUCUUCAACUUUAGCACUGCCUCAUUCAGAGAUAGUUGCCAGGGUGUCAGCAUCUCUGACCCUCACACUUCUUAUCUGUCAGCCAGGGCUCCCUGAUUUGGGCUGUUAAUAUGGAACAAUCAGGCAACUCAUAUUCUGAGAGGUUCAACUGGCCGACCUGGUCACAAACCAGUGCGGUGUGUUCAUUGAAAAUCAAACGUACUAGAAAGAUACCAUUCCAUACCAGUGUAAAGGAAGGCAUGAGGCUAAACUGGGGAGGGAAGGGAACUGCUUAUUGGGGGUGGCCCAGAGAGUUGAAGAAAAUCGAAUGGGAAGAAGACCGUUUGAGACUGAGGGAGAGAGAUGUAAUUGCCUGAAUGAGGCAUUGCAAUUGCGAAAUGGAUUUUUGUGUGUACACCAUGUUCAGUUUCCCCGAUCUUAAUCUGUA